AUGCCGAUCGAGCACAUCACUACCGAGGCGCAAUACAAGAGCCUCGUCGAAGACAACGAGAUUGUUCUUGUUGACUUUUACGCGGUAUGGUGCGGCCCUUGCCGCCAGAUCGCCCCCGUGGUGGAAAGCAUGAGCGCCAAGCCGGAGUACGCGAAAGUGAAAUUCGCGAAAGUUGACGUCGACGAGUUGGCAGAGAUUGCUGAGAGGGAAGAUGUCAACGCUAUGCCCACCUUCAAGCUGUACAAGCAAGGCAAAGCAGUCGACACUGUACUCGGUGCGAAUGUCGAGCGCAUUGAAGAGAUGUUGAAGCAGCACCUCUAA